AUGCGACAUGUAAUAUAUCUUUACAUCCUUAUUUUCGAGUCAAUCAUACCACCGUUUGCUGGGCGUAAACGAGCAGUGCGUGAUGAUGGCGCUGUUAUCAUCAAAGAGACCAGUAUGGAUGUUGUGGACCCAUCAACCAAAGCGAAGUUUGUCUGUGAAGCUUCACCACUGGUUGAAGAGACCUUGGACAAGAUCUACUCUACUCUUACAACUGUUGUAAAGGAUAUUAUACCUGGUGAUCUGAAACUCAUCAUCGAUUUUCUAGAAAUGGUCUCGUUAGCAGUUAACUCUACAGUUAUCACUAUAGAUGAACAUUUACUGAAGGUUGAGUUUCAGUUUUCUAUUUUACUUAAAGCCAUUUAUAUGGGAGUUUUUAUAUGUGUUCGCGCACUCAAUUACUCUAUCAUUAUGUACGACGGGUUAAAAUCCAAGCUGAUGACCAAUUACAGAAACCCAGUUUGUGCUUUCUUGGACUUUUCAGCUGAGGAGAGCGGUGUGUGGUCGUCUGAAGGGUGUCACGUGUUGUAUUACGACCAGGACUAUGUCACGUGUGAGUGCAGCCAUACGACAAACUUCGCUGUUCUUAUGAGUCCCUACAUUGACCAGCAUACAGAUAACUACAUAAUAAACACAAUCUCCAUCAUAUGUGUAUCUGUAUCUAUAAUAUGUCUGCUGGCUACCGUCCUGGUCUAUGCCGUUCUAUGGAGAUAUGUAAAAUCUGACCGAGCUGUCCUUUAUGUCAACCUUUCUGUGACCUUGACAUUUGGCUAUGUCGUAUUUUUAGCGGGAAUAAACCAGACACAAAACAAGGUCAUGUGCACGGUCAUUGCUGCGGUCCUUCACUUCCUGUUUCUUGUUGUGUUUUUCUCCAUGCUGGGUCAAGGUCUCAAUGUCCUCCUGUCAGUCAUUAGUGGACCUUUGCUUAUUGUGGUCAUAACUAUUGCAGUGACAAAAGCUCAUGGAUACACUACUGACACAUAUUGCUGGCUUUCCAUUGAGUCUGGUGUCUUUUGGUCUUUUUCAGUCCCAGCGCUAAGUAUUAUUUUACUAAAUUUCAUCAUUGUGUUUGUUGUCCUUAAAGUCAUGCAGACUUCACAUUUCAUGUCCAACAAACCACUUGUGGCUAGAACUAAGUCAGUCGUCCGGUCCAUCUGUAUCUUGUCCCCAAUCCUCGGCCUGUCCUGGGUGUUUGGUGUCUUGUCCAUGACAGACCCCCACGUGAUCUUCCAGUACCUGUUUGCUCUCACUAACUCACUGCAGGGUUUAUUAAUUUUCAUUUGCCAGUGUUUGCUUCAACAGCAGGUUCGAGAUGGCGCGCGGGCAUUUAUACGUAGGUACAGAGCGGACAAACUGGACUCGGGACAUACGACUGGUCAAAUGUUAUAG